UCCAGCAGAAGGACCUUGAAGGGGAGAGGAAAUUCUCACUCCCCAACAGUUGACGUAGUCAGCGGGAUACUUUAACUCAUUGGAUACUGCUUGCCUCAGACACAGCUGCUGCUCAAAGAUCCUGGGACAUCUGACACACAGCUGACGGAAGGACUCCUCGGGCCAAGUAUCUCUCUGAUGGCUUUCAUGAAAAAAUAUCUCCCCCCCAUUCUGGGGUUCUUCUUGGCCUACUACUACUAUUCCGCGAAUGAGGAAUUCAGACCAGAGAUGCUCCAAGGAAAGAAAGUGAUUGUCACAGGGGCCAGCAAGGGGAUUGGAGAACAGAUGGCCUAUCAUCUGGCAAAGAUGGGAGCCCAUGUGGUGGUGACAGCAAGGUCUAAAGAAACGCUAAAGAAGGUGGUAUCCCACUGCCUGGAGCUUGGAGCAGCCUCAGCACACUACAUUGCUGGCUCCAUGGAGAACAUGACCUUUGCAGAGCAAUUUGUUGCCCAAGCUGGAAAGCUCAUGGGGGGACUAGACAUGCUUAUUCUCAACCACAUCACCAACACUUCUAUGAAUCUAUUUAGUGGUGAUAUCCACCUCGUGCACAGAAGCAUGGAAGUCAACUUCCUCAGUUAUGUGGUCCUGAGCGUUGCUGCUUUGCCCAUGCUGAAGCAGAGCAAUGGAAGCAUUGUGGUCGUCUCCUCGAAGGCUGGGAAAAUGGCUAUCCCACUUGUUGCGCCCUAUUCUGCAAGCAAGUUUGCUCUGGAUGGGUUUUUCUCCUCUAUCAGGAUGGAGCAUUCUGUGACCAAGGUCAAUGUGUCGAUCACUCUCUGUAUCCUCGGCCUCAUAAACACAGACACAGCCAUGAAGGCCGUUUCGGGGAUCAUCAACACUGAUGCAUCUCCAAAGGAAGAAUGUGCCCUGGAAAUCAUCAAAGGGGGAGCUCUGCGUCAAGAGGAAGUGUACUAUGACAACUCAGUCUGGACAUAUCUCCUGCUGGGAAAUCCAGGGAGGAAGAUCCUGGAAUUCUUGUCCUUAAGAAGUUAUAGUUUGGACAAAUUUAUCAACAACUAAGCACUUCCUUCAGGUGGAGCAUGGUAGGGGAGCUUUGGGACUGUUCUUCCUGAUAUCUAUCUGAUCUCCAUCCAGGAAGGCAUCUCCAGAGAGACAAAUGGGUGUCCCAGAGAGUCGUAAAUCACACCUCACAUCUCACAAUUUGAAGGAGUUCCUCUAACACUUGCACAGUAGAAACCUAAUUAUAAUGAAUGUCAUGAACCACGGCAACCUGCAGUUGUGAAACAGAUAGUAACCGUAGGUAUAAUUAAAAGGUAGUUCUAUCAAAUUUACCUCAUAUAUGAUAUUAUGAUCAAUACAAUAUUAAUUAUAAUAAAGGUCAUAUCCAUGUUGCAAAUUCAUGAUUAGUAGCUCUAAGUUCAGCUCAUUCAGUAAGGUCCUUUAAAACCACACAAGUGAAAAUUUUCAGUGUUCAUUUCGUAUCUUGUGGUCUGAACCUUUUUAUCGUUCUUGAGUUGAAGAAAUCACCCUGUUCUCCAUUUAAUGGACAUCAUGUCCAUACCAUAUUGUAUAUUUCAGAUACUCUUUAUAUUAUUUUAUAUUGCUCCUCAGGGAGGGAGGAUACCUGGGUGGGUAUAAAUCACUAGGGCAAACCACAGAAGUGGAAGUCCCUGGGAACUUGAGCCACACAACGUACACAUGUUGAUUGCCCUUAGACUGCAUCAGGCAUCUCCACUUUAUGUGUUAACUCUCCACUGUGUGUUAGAAAUCUGGAGAGAAGGGAAUGGAGUUCCAUCCUCCCACUUACACAUUUCGUCAUUUCUUUAUCCAGCAAACACUUAUCAAACACUUGUCAGACAUCACCUGACUACAACCAAACAGGAAACAGAAAUCAGCCAUAUUAACAACUCAGCAAAGUCUUGUAUCGGUUGGGUCCCCAACAAGUAAGAGAUGGCAAAUUAGAUCAUUUUAGUAGGCUUUAGUAAAAAGGGGUUUUCUUACAAAAGUGGGGACAAGGUUAGUGCAAUCACAAGGGAUAAGGUAGUGUCUUGUGGUAAGUCCCACCUUAGGGACAAAAAGAAUGGUUAUGAGAAUCCAGAGAUAGAAGCUAUUCCCAGAGCGUCACAGAACAGGAGCUACGACAUUCAGUUACCGGAUGCCGCCAGCCCAGCUAGGACUAUGCAGGAAGGAUGUGGAGGGGAUAAACACCCCAGCCUCGUUCUCUUCCCUCCCUCCAAUUUCUUGCUAAUAUUUUCUCUUAGCUAACCAGAGGGUCAAGGGAGCAGACUGAUAUAAACCACACAGGUCAGCUUCCUCAUGGACAGCACAGUAGGAAAGAAUGAAGAGUGCUCUGGAGGGAUAGAUGGGAUAUAUCCAGCAUGAACUCAACAUCCCCAAAUGCAGGGUUUCCAUGGUAAGAGAUAAUAGGACACGAGACAUGGGAUUAAAUGCACCAGAGAAAUUUCCUUUCCCCAUCAUUUAAUCUAAAUGACCAGGCAGCAGAACAGACUGGAAUCCAUUGAGCUUGCCAACCACCUGGACAAGGAGCUAGCACUGAGGGUGAAUAUGGCUGGGCUUUUCUUAGAAAGAGAUUCUUUCCAGACUGUGCUCAGUGCAAGGGAACAGGAAAGACCUGACUGCACCUGUGUGCCAGAAAAGAGAUCCAAAAUGUGAAGUCAGAUUUCUGACCACACAGCACAACGGAUAUGCACUCUAGUGCUGAAUCAGAGAAGAUCAUCAAGUGUCUGGAUGCGGGUGGUAAACUGUUAUGCUAGUCCCAGAAUCAGGGGCCUCUGCAUGUGUCACAAAUGGGGCAAGAAGCCAGGUUUGCAACAGGAUGAGGGUGGGAGGCUGAUCAGAAGAAAAGGAGGUAAACAUUGAGACAGAAACAUGGUCAGAUGACAAAUUUAUAGCCAGAGCCAGCUUCCAAUUAGUUUUGCCUUCAGCCUGAACUUUCAGGGUUCUCUUAGGCUUAAAGGCACACUUCAGCCUAUGUUUAGUAUAAAUCAGCUACUCCCUGAUUCUGUUCACUUAUGGGGAAAAGCAAGAGGAGGUAUGUAACAAUAUUUAUGUAACUAAUAAACUAAACCUUUGGUCUUUCCAAGGGUGUGUUGGUAAAUGUUUAACAAUUGGCU